UUGGAUACACCGAGCGGUCGAAGGAAAGCAGUCUACGAAGGCAAUUAAAUAAAUUUCACCUCAGGAAAAUAGUUGGCUAUUUCUGAUAAUUUCCACAUUUCAUAUGUAAAGGAUAAAGGCUUCUGUAACAACAUUGAGAAAAAAAAUCCCUGGAUAAAGUAUUUUUGUCGGUUGUUUUUGUGAAUGUAUUUUGGGAACCGCUCGUUUGCAAGAGCUGGACUAAACUCAUGCGCGCGCUUAUUUAACGACAGCAGGUGUUGGAGCCGCGCAAACCUGGAUUUUUAGCAGCCUAAUCGUUGUUUAUGUGGGGAACAAGAAGGGAUGUGAGAGCGGCGCGCGUGCUACGUCCUGCACUGUGAGCGCGUGAGUAACAGUAUGCCACUGGAGAGGAAGCAAAUGUCCACCUGAGAGAACACGCGCGUGCACCCCUGUUUCCUUGCGCGCGCUGUAUUUACAAUCACUGCUGACAACUACAAAUUGAAGAAGGAGAAAAAGAGACUGAAUCACAUAACUGGCAAAUGGAGAUCCACAAGUACCUGCUGUUGUUAAAGAUCACUGUUCUUCUCAAAGGGCUGUGUGAAUGUUUUAAUAUUGAUGUGAAGAGGCCACGGAUCUUCAGUGGGCCUGAAGAUGCUCUGUUCGGCUUCUCUGUGCUACAGCAUGAUGACAAUGGAGAAAAAUCAAUUCUGGUUGGUGCUCCAUGGGACGGACCACAAAAUAACAGGAAGGGAGAUAUUUACAAGUGCGUUGUGGGAGAUGAGAUAAAUUCCAAUUGCUCAAAAGUUAACCUAGGUGAAAAUGCAUUUCAGAACGUGUCUCGAAAUCUUAAAAACUCUCAUUUGGGGAUGACGCUGACCCCUGCUGCUUCAGAUGGCUUCCUGGCCUGUGCUCCACUGUGGUCCCAGGAAUGUGGUACAUCUCUGUUUAGCACAGGAAUCUGUGCGUCUGUCACCAACGACAUGAAGCCCAAGGACAUCCUUGCACCCACUGCCCAGAGAUGCACCACUUACAUGGACAUAGUGAUUGUUUUAGAUGGUUCUAAUAGUAUCUAUCCCUGGUCUGAGGUGCAGAACUUCCUUAGCAACAUUCUCAGCAAAUUCCACAUAAGCCCUGAGCAAAUGCAGGUUGGUGUCCUGCAGUAUGGGGAGAUCUCAGUACAUGAAUGGUCUCUCAGGGACUAUCAGACAACAGCAAAAGUGGUUGAAGCCGCCAAGAACAUCAGUCGCCAGGAGGGACGGGAGACCCGCACUGCAUACGCCAUCCAAAUGGCUUGCACGGAGGCCUUCAGUCCAGACAGAGGAGCAAGGGAAGGGGCCACUAAAGUUAUGAUAGUCGUGACAGAUGGAGAGUCCCAUGAUGGGGAAGACCUUCCUGAGGCUCUGAUUGAAUGUGAGAAACGUAACAUCACCAGAUAUGCCAUCGCUGUGUUAGGUCACUACAUCCGCAGACAGCAGGAUCCAGAGACCUUUAUCAAUGAGAUUAAGUACAUUGCCAGUGACCCAGAUGAGAAAUACUUCUUCAAUGUGACGGAUGAAGCUGCUCUAAAUGACAUUGUAGAUGCAUUGGGAGAUCGCAUUUUUAGUCUAGAAGGGACCCUGGGAUACAAUGAAAGUGCCUUUCUCAUGGAGAUGUCUCAGAUUGGUUUUUCGACACACAUUUUGGAUGAUGGUAUCUUGUUUGGCAUGGUGGGAGCAUAUGACUGGGAAGGAGGCGUCCUGAAGAAGAGCAAAGAAGGGCAGAUUAGGCCCUCACGGGAGGCCUUCGAGAAAGAGUUCCCACUGGAGCUGAAGAACCAUGCAGCCUACCUAGGUUACACUGUGUCAUCGGUGGUUGUAGGUGACUGGACGAGGUUGUAUGUUGCUGGUGCGCCCAGAUUCAAGCACAAAGGAAAGGUCAUCUUGUUUGACCUCACCCCUGAAGGCGAUGUCAUAAUCACACAGGCCUUAAAUGGAGAACAGAUUGGCUCAUAUUUUGGCAGUGAGGUGUGCGUGGUGGAUGUGGAUCAGGACGGAAUAACAGAUAUCCUGCUUAUAGCUGCUCCCAUGUUCCUUGGAGCAGGAAACAAAGAAACAGGCAAAGUCUAUGUCUACUGUCUGGAUGGGGAUGGUUUUGCACCUAAUGGUACGCUGCGUUCUCAGCAGAAGGCACAGGAUGCACGCUUUGGUUAUGCUAUGGCCGUAGCCACUGACUUAAACCAUGAUGGAUACUCUGACCUGCUCGUGGGAGCUCCGCUAGAGGAUGACCACCAGGGAGCUCUUUACAUCUACCAUGGCGACGAAUACUACAUCAUACCACAGUACAAACAACGUAUCCCAGGAUCCUCUCUCACUGCAGGGCUGCAGUAUUUUGGCCGUAGCUUGAGUGCUCUGCUGGAUCUGGAUGGGGAUGAGUUACUGGAUCUUGCUGUGGGAGCACAGGGCUCUGCAGUCUUGCUGAAGUCACGCAGUAUAGUGCAGAUCAACGUCAGCCUGUCCUUCCAGCCACACUCCAUAAACGUGAUCCAGAAGAACUGCCACAAGGCUGGCCGAGACUCUGCAUGCCUUAACGCCACGGUUUGCUUCUUGGCCCUGUCUCGUUCUCCUGGCUCUUAUGGCACAUAUUUUGAUAUGCAGAUGGGGGCCAUGCUGGAUGACAGAAAGAUAUCGGCUCGUGCUCUAUUCGACUACAACUCCCAGCGGCAGACCCUAAUGGGCGUCAGUGUUCGUGUGGGGCAGACCAUGUGCUACACACUACCAUUUCAUGUCUUUGAUACAGCUGAUUACAUCCGACCAAUCAGCUUCACGUUGCGCUUCAAAAUCAAUGACACGGAGAGCGGCCCGGUAUUGGACGAAGGCUGGCCAACAACAUUCAAGAAGUCUAUUGCAUUCUUCAAAGACUGUGGGGAGGAUGAUGUAUGUGUAACUGAUCUGGUUUUACAGGCCCAUAUGGACAUUUCCGGAACAAGGCAACAACCGUAUGUUAUACGCAGUCCCCGGCGUCGGCUGGCAGUAGAAGUGCAGCUCCAAAACCGACUGGAAAAUGCUUAUAACACUAGUCUCACUCUUCUUCAUUACUCCAAAAACCUGCAUUUCAGCAGCCUGAGUAUACGGGAAGACGCCCAGUUUAAGAUUGAAUGCACGGCUCUAAGCUCAAACAGUCACUCCUGUAAUGUCAGUUACCCAGUGUUCCGCUCUCACACGAAGGUGAACUUCAUGUUGGAAUUUGAGUUCAGUUGUACGUCUCUCAUCAAUAAGGUCCAGAUGUGGCUCGUUGCUUCCAGUGACAGUUUGGAGAAUGAAGACACGUUGUCGGACAACCGUGUGCAGUUACUGAGUUUUGUACAAUAUGAGCCUGAUCUCUUCAUCACAAGUGACUCCAACCUGAACCGCUAUGAGGUCCAUCCAACCAGGACAGUGUCAGAGGGGACAGGACCUGAGUUCUUCACACAAUUCAGGGUGCAGAAUCUGGGCUGUUACGCCGUCAGUAAUGUGGAGCUGAGCGUGAACUUGCCCUCUGUGGCUUCAGGAGACAGAGUGUUCUCCACUGUGGUUGAUGCGUUCUCUCAUAAUGCUUCAGGUGUGAACUGCAGUGUAGUCAGUGAUCUUUCAAAGUUGAAGUCCAGUCAGAGAGAUGUACGUCCACUUCACCCGGAAGACAUGAAGAAAACUGAACUAUUGAAUUGCACUUCCUCAUGGUGUGUGGAGGUUGUGUGUCACAUUAAGCAGCUACUGAAGGGAGAGACAGCCUUGAUCCGCAUCACCAGGAGAAUACAUGACAACUUCUUCAGACAGGCCAAGUUUAAAGCAGUAACAAUUGUGGGCUCUUACCAGCUGUCUGCUCAGGAGUCCAAUCUGAUUACAAUGGGGAAUGCUGCCCUCGUGAGGGAGACAGUUUUGGAAGUGCUGAAGGGGCGUUCGAUCCCGAUUUCUCUCUGGAUUCUGAUUGGCAGCAUAAUUGGAGGACUGCUGCUUCUUGCACUCUUAGUAUUCAUUCUUUGGAAGAUGGGGUUUUUCACAAGGAAACAGAGGAAGGACGAGGAUGAGAACGAUGACAACUGACAUUGCAGCAGAGAUUGAACAGAGUUUACUUUACAAGAAGGAAUUAUGCCUUUUUCAGCCAUUACUUCCCCUUUGAGACAUGACACCUCUGCUCCAGGACCACCAAACCAUCCAUUAUCAAGUCCAACUGGAAGUGCUCUGAUUUUGGGGGGAAAUCUGCAGAAUGGAUUUAAACCGAAUUAAAUAUUUUACAUGGAGCUGAGAGCACUAAACAAAUGUGCCAACAUAAUAAAUAAACAUGCAAAGGGGUGCAGGAUGCAUAAAACUUGAUGAAAGACAGUUCUUGCGGUUCAGUUGAAUCUAUUAUUCACUUUCACACUCUGCCGGGUCAUAGGGUCUCACACCUAACGUUUUAUUUGGAUUCUAUUGUGGCAAAAACAACACAUGAAUCCCAGCAUAUCGGUUAUCUGGGAGAUUCUUUGGCUUCACAGAGACAGAUCAUUUACUAUUGCAUUGACGGACCGCAAAACAAGCAAAUGCACUAUUUGUAAAAAAAAAUAAUGAAAUGUGUAUUUAAGUUGAAAUCAUCUGGACAUUGAAGACCAGGCUCACCGUGAUUUUGCCAUGACAUGUUCCUGGAUUACCAUGUUUUGUUGAUCCUGCAACAUUUCUGUCUGAAAAUGUAGUCCUAAACCUAAACCUACUCAUAAGUUAUUCCUAAAAUCAGAGGGAAAGGACAGGUGAAUAACACAGUAGAAGCACCUAACAAUGGUUGUAAGUCUAAACUUGACAAACUUUAAACUUGUCCCUCAAAUCUGACUGGUUGAUUGGAAUGAAGUUCCAGGAUCAAAGACAUUGAUCCAGAAACAUAUUGUAUUUGGUGAAAUCACAUACACCAUAAUACAACAAUCAGUUUAUUUAAUUUUUGUUUCCUUAACAUAAAAAAAUCAGUGUUUCAGACAAUACAUGGACAAUACACAGGUUUGAAAAUUGUUUUUCAUUUUUUGACAAAUUAUUAAAUAAAAAUGUGUAAACCAU